AGGGGGUGUGCACGGCUCCGGCUGGAGUUUCAGUAUAAACAAGGACCCCGACUGGAUCGGCGGGUUUUUUCCUUUCUUCCUGCGUUCGCUGCUUCCUGGUCCUGAGCUCGCCUUUAGGGGCGCCGCGGUACAGAAGGCAGGAGGUGGAGGCCCGGGGCCGUGUGCCGGAAAGUAUGCCACAGACACCUCCCUUUUCAGCAAUGUUUGACAGCAGUGGUUACAACCGAAACCUCUACCAGUCUUCAGAGGACAGCUGUGGAGGCUUGUGUUACCAUGACAACAACCUCCUUUCUGGAUCUCUGGAGGCACUUAUCCAGCACUUAGUACCCAACGUGGAAUACUAUCCAGAUAGAACAUACAUAUUCACCUUCCUGCUAAGUUCUCGGUUAUUCAUGCAUCCUUACGAACUAAUGGCCAAAGUCUGCCACUUGUGUGUUGAGCAUCAGCGGCUGAGUGAAGGGGAUAGUGACAAGAACCAGAUGAGAAAAAUUACACCUAAAAUUCUUCAACUCCUCACGGAGUGGACGGAAACAUUUCCUUAUGACUUCCGGGAUGAGAGGAUGAUGAGGAACCUGAAAGACCUGGCGCACAGGAUGGCCAGCGGCGAGGAGCAGACAUACCGGAAGAAUGUCCAGCAGAUGAUGCAAUGUCUGAUCCGAAAACUUGCCGCCCUCAGCCAGUAUGAGGAAGUCCUGGCAAAACUCAGUUCCACAGCCACAGACCGGCUCACAGUUCUGAAGACCAAGCCACAGUCCAUACAGCGGGACAUCAUGACAGUCUGCAGUGACCCUUACACGUUGGCCCAGCAGCUGACUCACAUUGAGCUGGAGAGACUCAACUACAUCGGUCCAGAAGAAUUUGUUCAGGCGUUUGUGCAGAAGGACCCUUUGGACAAUGAUAAGACCUGCUAUAGUGAACGGAAGAAAACGAAAAAUCUAGAAGCCUAUGUAGAAUGGUUCAAUCGCCUAAGCUACUUGGUUGCUACAGAAAUCUGCAUGCCCGUGAAGAAGAAACACAGAGCAAGGAUGAUUGAAUAUUUCAUCGACGUGGCUCGAGAGUGUUUCAACAUUGGGAACUUCAAUUCCUUAAUGGCAAUAAUCUCUGGUAUGAAUAUGAGCCCGGUCUCGAGACUAAAAAAAACUUGGGCCAAAGUGAAGACUGCGAAGUUUGACAUCCUUGAGCAUCAGAUGGACCCUUCAAGCAAUUUCUACAACUACAGAACAGCUCUCCGAGGGGCAGCACAAAGGUCUCUAACUGCUCACAGUAGCAGAGAGAAGAUUGUGAUACCUUUUUUCAGUCUCUUAAUCAAAGACAUCUAUUUUCUCAAUGAGGGCUGUGCCAACCGCCUUCCAAAUGGCCACGUCAACUUUGAGAAAUUUUGGGAACUGGCCAAACAAGUGAGUGAGUUCAUGACGUGGAAACAGGUGGAGUGUCCAUUUGAACGUGACCGGAAGGUUAUGCAGUACCUGCUCUCAGUGCCCGUGUUCAGUGAAGAUGCUCUCUACUUGGCUUCAUAUGAGAGUGAAGGUCCUGAAAAUAAUCUGGAGAAGGACAGAUGGAAGUCUUUAAGGUCCAGCUUGUUGGGCAGAGUUUAACCUGUGGGAGCUAUUGCUGCUGCUAUUGCUGCUGCUGCAUCAAACAGACCCUGGAGGGUGUGGCCCUUGUUUUCUGGCAUCUAGUACUAGAAACAAUCGGCAGACCCUUCAAGCAGGCCCAAGUGCAGAGCAGAUGGAAAACCCACUUCCUACAGCUGACAGAUGGACUCAAGAGUUUUGAGACUGAAAUGCUCACUGGAAGACACUUGAGAAAGAACCCUCUGAAAGUCCCGGCCUUGCACAUGAUUCAUCUCCUGGAAUUUCCACGUGAAUCACAGCUGUGCACCUGGAUGGAGUUUCCUUUUGUCUCUGUGUGUGGUUUUUUUUUUUUUUUUUUUUUUUCUUGAACGUUUGCUGCUACUAAUGGAACUUAACCCAGCUGAGUGCUGGCUCCAGGAAGUCCAUGUUUCUUUGUUAAUUUAAAUGAAAAAGGGAGAGGAGGGAGGGGACACCGCCUCCCACCCCACCCCCAGUUUGGAGCAGUAUUCCCGAGAGGGCGAAGACUGGGUGGAUACCCACUGCAGAUGCUGUUCCCUUAGCGUGUGCAGGGUUGUGAACAUCUCUUCUUCCUCUUCCUCCGAGGAUUUGAGUUGGCUGCUGGUUGGCACACUCCUCCUUGCCCAUAUAAGUUAUUUAAUAUAAUAAUGAAGCGCAACACUGUGGUAGGAAAAUAGCCACUAGGAGAAAAAACAAAAAACAAAGUGGAGUUUGGCACUGUUGGACUACCCAUCCUGCUGAAAGGACGGUGUUUUCUUUGCCCUUCUGAGCUGUUUACAACUGACCACUGUGUUCUAUAGAUGUAUUUUUCAGUAGUUUCUGUUUUUGUUGUUAUUAGUUUUCCAUAACGCCCCAUGGCAAAAGCCAUGCUGUCACCCUCACCCCCAUAAAUGUAAGUGAUGUUAAGGGUCUUGGGGAAAAAAAUCCAUGACAUAACCACAAUUGUUUAUUUAACCAACUUAUUUUUCAUUAUUUUCUGGAGUCUGUUGGUGACCAAACAUGUAAACAAGGAGUAAACUGGAAAAGUUACCUCCUUCCCCAUAGCAGUGAACAAAACAAAUGAAAGGUUGUUGUUAACUCUAUGAUCAAUCUAAUUGUGAACUAGUUCGCCUGGUUAACAGCUAAAUAGGCCUGUAGUUGCUCUGCAAGCAGCCAUUCUAUAUACUCUAGGAGAAACUUUAGAGUAGUGACCCCAGCAGAUGAAAAUGCACAAUGCCAAGUUCCAACCCCAGCUAUGUCCUAACCUUUCAGAUGCCUCCUUGAGAAACAGCAUGUCUUUAGUGUGCAUUGUCUCAACAGGCCUCAGCUGUCUCCAAGUUGUCCCUUUACAACGUCAAUACAUUUUACACUCUGCA